CAACACACUGCUCUAACAGAAACGCAUAGGGAGCUUGCUGCAGCUCCUGUCAUUAGAUCAGCCCCUUCUCAACUGGGACCCAACUGCACAACACACACAGUGAGACAAGAUCAGUGACACCGAAUCUAGUGUCACUAGAAAGGCACACAAUGCAGCCUGUCAGCGGUAAACCCCUUGCAAGUCAAUGGAUCAGGGGGGCUCUCUGAUCAGCUGGCACACAGCCUCAGAGCUCUCUGCGGUUUUCCCCUGGGGUCUGGCUGCUGGAUACUGAAGGGAGGUGACACGUGCAGGGACAAGGGGCACCGGUUCACAUCAAGGCUUGUGAACAAUUACAUUUUUAUUAUAAGUUUUAUUCGCCUGUGAUAGAAGCAAGAAAAGACAAACUAGCAUGACCUGCUACUUGUACUGAGCAUUUGGGGUCAUCUUUCUUACACCAAACAGGAAAAGUGAACUUCUGGGUUCAAGUACACCUGGUAUGCUGCUUCCAGUGAUAUGGCACACCAGUUAACCACAGCUGAACUGAAUUGGAAAUUACAAAGAAAAUCAACUCCUUUCCGUACUUUCUCCAGAAAAAUGAAUGGAAGAACGUGCAACAUGAACAUUCGGACAGCUGGCACUCCUCAGGGGCCUGGUAUGAUCAAUGGGCAGCAAAUCCCUCCAAUUAGAGUGCAUACAGGAACUCCUUGCCCGUCUUCCAAUAGUGCCACACCAAGUCCAGCAAAUGGAAAUGUAUAUUUCAAGAUGCCCCUGGGAGGUGGCGUAGCUCCUCAGAGCAGUGAGAGUACCAUUCAUUUACCAGCUUUAAGCCCUAGGAGGCAAGUCAUUACAAAUGGGAAGCCAUUAUUCCAGGUGCCACAGCCUCCUAACUUUCAUCCAACCUCUUCUUGCAAACCAAAGCAGCAGGAUUUUGGAGGCCCCUUCCCAGUAAACUGCCUGAGAGGUAGCGGUGGCUUCGGGCCUCAGGUUAAGACUGGUGGAAAGGGCGUCUGCAACAACCUCAUGGUCACCAGCAGCCCUAUGAUGGUUCAGCGACUGGGACCUGUGUCACCCCCUGCAAACCAAGCUGCGACCGCAUGCAAGCAGAUCAACCCUAACCUACAGAGGGCACUCAACCUGCAACACUUAGCUAUACCUCCAUCUGAUACAAGGUCUCUUAUGUCACGUGAGUCUCUUGCAUCAACUACUUUAAGCUUAACGGAGAGUCAUUCUACAAUGAGUGUUAAACAAGAAUGGCCUCAUGGUUAUAGAAUUCUUCCUUCGAACCAUGGUUCCCAGAAUAGUAGUGAGCCAGGGGAUAUACUUAGUAUUCCUCCAGGAACAUCUAUGUCCAACAAUAGUGUCACAAACUCUUUGCCUUCUUACCUUUUUGGCUUUGAAAAUAACUCCUCACCUUAUCCUAGUCCCCGUCAUUCUUCCACAAGAUCUCAUUCAGCACGAUCAAAGAAAAGAGCUCUUUCCUUGUCUCCAUUGUCCGAUGGUAUUGGGAUUGACUUCAAUACAAUUAUCCGGACUUCACCAACAUCAUUGGUUGCCUACAUAAAUGGAUCAAGAGCUUCCCCAGCCACCAUCUCCCCUCAACCUGAAGUUUAUGGGCACUUUUUAGGAGUGAGGGGGAGCUGCAUUCCUCCAUCAUGUGCUGGGUCAAACUCUCAGAAAAGUCUUCUUGCAAUUAAUGAUAAUAUUACUUUUCCUGAGAAUGUGACAGCAGAAUAUCAACGUAUGCAGCAGCUGGAACAAAAUAACUUGCCAUCUGAGGCUAUGAAUAACAUGGUGGUUCGACAAACCGUGGCCCUGAGUGAAGGACAUACGCAUGGUGUCUUAAAAAGUGAAAGAGUAGAUAAUUUUCCAGGUGACACAAUUAACAUGGCUCCACAAGAUCCUCUGUCACUUUCAACUCCUCCUCAUCAAUGCCCACCUCCCCCUUACCAUGCCCACCAACAUAUGCACCAGCAUGAACUUAUAAACCAACCUCAUCAACCUCAUCAAAUGCCCCUUACUCCUUCUGUGCCUUUGAUUGAAGAGGAAGAGGAGAUUGAUGAUUUUAAUGGUAAACACUGUUGUCGGUGGAUUGACUGCAGCUCUAUGUAUGAUCAUCAAGAAGAACUAGUGCGACACAUAGAGAAGGUUCAUAUAGAUCAAAGGAAAGGGGAAGACUUUGCUUGUUUUUGGGCAGGCUGCCCUAGAAGAUACAAACCCUUUAAUGCUCGAUAUAAGCUGCUCAUUCACAUGCGGGUUCACUCAGGCGAGAAGCCAAACAAGUGUACGUUUGAAGGCUGCAAGAAAGCAUUUUCAAGGCUUGAAAACCUGAAGAUUCAUUUAAGGAGUCAUACAGGAGAGAAGCCAUAUCUGUGCCAGCAUCCUGGCUGUCAAAAAGCUUUCAGCAACUCAAGUGAUCGUGCCAAACAUCAAAGGACACACCUGGAUACAAAACCUUACGCAUGUCAAAUUCCAGGAUGCAGCAAACGAUAUACCGAUCCAAGCUCACUACGAAAACAUGUCAAAGCCCAUUCUUCCAAAGAUCAGCAAGCUAGGAAAAAGUUAAGAUCAAGGACAGAACUUGACCAAGAAAUCCUUAGUGAUUGUCUCACUAUUCAACCACUGCAGCCGGCCUCAUCUCCACAGGACUCCACAGAGAACACACUGGGAAGGUCCCCUGGCUCUGUGCAUGAUGUGUACCCAGGUACCAUGUUCUCUAGCACACAUUCAAGCAGAAGUGGAACAGCUGGGGCUGCUGCACCCCCACCUCUGCCUACCAGUCACCCUUCUCCUGGAAGUAACAUGCAGAGCAGCCCACAUAAUCCUCCACCCCAACUACCUCCUCUCACCCCAAUGGAAACGGGAUCUGAGAGGUUUUCGGGUCCAGCACCUUCACCUCAUCAUCUGAGCCCACGGAGACUUAAUGCUCCCCCAGGUAUGAUGCAGAGGCGCACUCCACAGCCCCCCCAAGUACAGCAAACUGGAGGGACCUACCUGAAGGCUUAUCCCUCCAUAGCUAACACCUCGCUGCAGCCAACAAGUCUUCAUGUCCAAGGAUUUUACGGCCAGUUGCAGACGUUUUGUCCCCCACCUUACAGCGAUGCACCAAGGAACAUGCAAAUGGGAAGUGCCUGCAACAUGGCACCUUCUUUUGAAGAUUGUUUGUCCCAUGGUUGUGGGAACAAAACAGAGUUUGAUGCUUUUCACAAGGCUUUCACCUCUGGAAUAACAGUUUACGACUUUCCUGGUGGAUCAGCAGGUCUCUUUGGUGACUCUCAGCGGGGUGUCACUGAGGACAUCAGUUUCCUUCAAAUUAACGCAAUAGACCGUUGCCCUAGCCAGCUUUCAUCAGUUUACACUGAAGGAUGAAGGAAUAUUUGUCCUUCCCUUGGAAAUGUAAUUUUCGUUUGGGAGGUACCUAAAGCAUUUACAAGUCAACAAAUGUUACCUGACCACAAUGCAGAUUGUGGCAAGAAGAAACGUGCAAAUGAAGAAUUUUUUUAAGUGUAAAUCCCUGUGAAUGUAUAUCUAUUUUUUUUAUUUGAUUACAAAUUGUAUUCCAUUUAAAGGGAAGAACCAAGAGACAAUGGAUAGAUUGCCACUUUUUACACAAUGACAAACUUUAAAAGGCAUUACUGAAAAUUCUGUGGUUGUGGGGAAACACACUAAAGGAACAAUCAGAAACAAAACGACAACUUUGGACAGUUAUAUCUCCACAAUUCUUGUACAGCCUGAUGUAUAAACACCAUUGUGCCAUACGUAGGAUAUACUAGAAGACUCCAAGUAAAACAGUUUCAGUAAUUUAAUGCAAUAUAUGACAUGAAACACUUAUAAAUCAACAUAUGGU